AUGGUAUUUACCCGUGCAGCUGCACGCUCAUUGCCGCGUGCAUCAUCACUCCUCUCCUCCACUUCCCCGCACUUUGCUCGCCGCGCAGCAACUCCCUCCUUCCAACCUUCACUCACUGCCAAACGCACGCUGACAGCCACCGCUUCUCGCCAGGGCAAAGUUCUUCUGGUCCUGUAUGAUGGCGGCGACCACGCUCGAGACCAACCUCGCCUCCUCGGUACCACAGAAAACGAACUAGGUAUCAGAAAAUGGCUGGAAGAACAAGGACACACUUUGGUCACCACCUCGGACAAGGAGGGAGAGAACUCCAAGUUCGACCAGGAAUUGGUUGAUGCCGAAGUCAUCAUCACCACUCCUUUCCACCCGGGUUACCUCACCGCAGAGCGUCUUGCAAAGGCCAAGAAGCUGAAGAUUGCCGUCACUGCCGGUAUUGGCUCAGACCACGUCGACUUGAACGCCGCCAACAAGACCAACGGAGGUGUCACCGUUGCUGAAGUCACUGGCUCCAAUGUCGUCUCCGUCGCUGAGCACGUCGUCAUGACCAUCCUUACCUUGGUCCGAAACUUCGUCCCUGCCCACGAACAGAUCGAGAAGGGCGACUGGAACGUCGCUGCCGUUGCCAAGAACGAGUACGAUCUUGAGAACAAGGUCGUCGGUACCGUCGCUGUUGGCCGUAUCGGUGAGCGUGUGCUCCGUCGUCUCAAGCCUUUCGAAUGCAAGGAACUCCUCUACUUUGACUACCAACCUCUCAAGCCCGAGGUUGAGAAGGAGAUUGGUUGCAGACGUGUUGAGGAUCUCGAGGAGAUGUUGGCUCAGUGCGAUGUUGUCACCAUCAACUGCCCACUUCACGAGAAGACCCGAGGCUUGUUCAACAAGGAGUUGAUCUCCAAGAUGAAGAAGGGUGCUUGGCUCGUUAACACUGCCCGUGGUGCCAUCGUCGUCAAGGAAGAUGUUGCCGAGGCCCUCGCUUCCGGCCAGCUUAAUGGAUACGGUGGUGAUGUUUGGUUCCCUCAGCCAGCUCCCAAGGAUCAUCCUCUCCGAACUGCCAAGAACCCAUGGGGUGGCGGUAACGCCAUGGUUCCUCACAUGUCCGGUACUUCCAUUGAUGCUCAGGAGCGUUACGCUGCUGGUACAAAGGCUAUUCUCGACAGCUACUUCUCUGGUCGCGAGGAUUACAAACCCGAGGAUCUCAUUGUCCACAAGGGUGACUAUGCUACCAAGGCAUAUGGCCAGAGAGCCAAGAAAUAA